CGCCCACGCGCUUGCCCAUCCAUCAGCCAGUGACUAUGAGCCCGCAGACCGCUUGAUGGAUCGCUCCAAGCAAAAUAAAUUCAAAGGCUGGGGCUCCGCCGAGCCUGGUUUUGCGUCGCUGUGCACGGCGCGAGAGGAGCCUCAGUAAGUUAACCGCGCGUUGGCAGCGCUCCAUCAAUACCUCAAUUGACCGCUGCUGCAACCGCGCUACGAGUGGUGCCGCAGACGCCGCGUUUCAGCCGAUCCCGCGCUGUGCAGUGGUUGCCACACGCGUGCCGAACGUAGAUCGAGCACUCAUCAUCAUGCGUCGGACCGGCGCCAACGCGUGGCCCGCGCGCGCGCCCAAAGCGCCGCUGCGCUUCGCCGACGAGGAGCAAUAUAAUACGGAGCGCGCUCCGAGCCACAUAGCCUACGGGGCGGCAGAGUCCGAAUCGGACGACGACGACUCCGCCCAGCCCGGUGCGAUUACAGGGGAGGAAUUCGUCAAGCAGGAAAAGAAGGCGGCCGAGGCCGCGGGCAUCUCCAGCAAGCGCGCGGACGCCCCAGUUUACAAGCACGACGCCAGGGCGAAGAAAGUGAGGCUGCCGCCCGGCUGGACGGCCUCGAAGCCCGACGAGGUCGAGCAGUAUCUCAAGAACUUGACCAAACCUCAACUCAACGAGAUCGUGAGGCUCCACGGCUACGCGUUCUUCUCCGGAGGGUGGGUGCAGAGUGUUGGACAGGCGUCCGCCAAAAAGUGGUUCCUCGACCACGGCCUCGUCGUCGGGCCCUGGCACAAGCCCGGCUUCCCGGGCAUGUGCAACUCGGAGGCGCUGGCGCAGCAGCGGUUUCAGAAAGCGGCGCAGGAGGAGAACGACAAGCGCUCCGAGGACGCCACGUUUGACCGGCUGGGGGACCUGGGCCUGCCGAAGGAGGACCUGUCGCACGAGGCGCAGUACGCCUCACUCGUGAAGGACGAACUGGUCACGGAGGCCUUCCUGCGCGGCGAGGACAUGCCGAAGGGCGCCGACGCCAAGACGAAGAAGGUAAAUGAGUGGUUCCCGCACAAGGUCGCUGACUGCAUCGACUGCGGGCGGCGCCGGAAGUUAGUGAGGGUCGAGCACGCCAACGGCGGGCCGGACGACGGCAAGCGGCGCAAGCCGCCGUGCCCCGAGGACAACAAGGGCGAGCGCGCGGCCUUCGACGUGUACGCGGACGCGUUGUACAAGAUGGGCGAGGCUGCGACGUCGACUCUGUACGAGGACGUCAUAGGCGUGCGGCUCGCCUACGCGCAGCGGCCUGGCGCGUCCGCCGAGGACAAGACGCUCCUCGCCAUGGGGCGGCGCGCGGCGGCCGAGGCGACGGUCCUGGAGGACCGGGAGGCCCUCCGCUACGCGUCCUCGCUGCGGGGUCGACGCGUGUGCAACGACUUGGGCCCAACGCUCGAGGAGGCGCGCGCGGCGUUCGAGAAGAAGGAGGAGGCGCGCAUGGCGGACGAACGGAGGAAGAUGAGAGAGUGGGAGGCGAAGGCGGCGGAGCGGGCGGCUCUACCGCCCGUCAAGGUCGGGACGCGCGUCGUCAUCAAGGAGACGGGCGCGCGCGGCGUCGUGCAGCGCACCACGGGCAGCGGCUCGUGGUACCACGUGCAGCUCGGCGGCGAGACCGACACUCGGGGCUACCGCCGGGGCCACCUCGAGAUCGACACGCGCAAGCCGGCCGCGCGCAAGCCGGCCGCGCGCAAGCCGGCCGCGAAGAAGCGCAAGGCUGCGGAGCCGGCGCGCAAGCCGGCGUCGAAGAAGAAGAAGUCGCGGAAGUAGUCGCUCUGCGAAGUCGAGUUAUAAGCUGCACUUGUGU